CAAUGGCAUUGUAUACAUUUUUGUAAUACUGGGGUUUUUUUUAAAUUUCUGAGGUGGAUGAUUUCCCUAAAAUAUUAAAAUGAAUGCAGAUUAACCUCUACCCCAUGCGAAUUGUAGCAAAAAUGUUUCCUACUUAGUGGGGGUGGUAGUGGUGGGUGUAGAGUGGUGGUAGGUUUGUGGGGUUUUUUUGUUUUUUGUUGUUGUUUUUUUUAGAAACCAGUAAAGCAUGAAUACAUACAUAUUUAUAUUAUAGUGUCAACCAAUUGUUUCUAAAGCCUGUAGGUAUAUGGAGAGCUUUACAAAACACACACACAAACAAGUUCCCUACCCCAAAGAGUUUAAACUCUUAACGCCAGCAUGGUGUCAUGUUUGUGUCUCAGCCAGUCAGAAAACCGACUGCUUGGUCUCUUAUUCACAGAUGGGGGGAAAAAAAAGUAACUUCAGCCAGGUGAGAACUGGAUAAUCCCUGGAAGGAUUACUUGGUUUUAAAAGUUGCACUUCUGCCAAGAAGCUGGUCUCUGACUGAAGAACACAAGUUAUUUUCUGUGAGAUAAUCUGAAUCCACCUAUUCCACAAUGACAAAAGGUGCAACCUCUUACCUGCACAAGGAUUCCUAAGAUAGACUGACUCAAUCAGGAGAGACAUGGAACUUCCUGAGCUACCAGAGGCUGGGAGUGCUGCAGAAUGCCUAGGAAAAGGGAGUGCUUUUUUACUUCUACUUCCUCUCCCAUCUCCCAAAUUGGCCAUCAGAAUUGCUAAAGUAGCAGGGUGGGGGACUGCAAGAAUUUCAGAAAAGAUGCACACCUCUGCCCCAAAAUCUCCAAUUAAUGUAGUAGAUCUAAGGUCAUUGGACAUUGCACAGGACUGGUAUCCAGCUGGGGUCUUCUCUCUCUCCACCCCAAAUUCUUCAUCCAAGAUUCAGGGGUUUAGCAUUUGUCUCCAAAGACCCCACUCUGCAACAAUGCUGACAAGAAAGGAUCAUAACACCAACUCUGUUUUUAAUUGUUUGUGUCAACAUGGAAGCUAAAACAAGCCAUUUGAUCACUCAUUUUACAUUUUAUUGAAAUAAAUGACAUGAUGUUACCAAUUUGAGGUUUCACGAGGAAGAGGAGAUCCUUGUUAUCUCCGUGUAAAAUUAAGCGACCCCUCCAAACUUUUAACAUAUGAAUCAGCUAAAGCAAACUACCCUGAAGUUUGAUCUUUCUCUACCAGUCGUCCCAUCCCUUAAGUGUGAGCAUGAGCAGACAAGGAGGCACACUUCCUUGCUUUCCCUCUGCCACUUUCUUCCUACCUUGUCCUGUAGACGGGAACGGGGGAAGGAGCCCAGACGUGGCAACACAUUCUCAGGCUCCUGCAGGACCGCCAUGGCUUAUGAUGACUCCAAGAAAAAAGAAGAAUGCUUAGAGGGUGACCGAAGCAUUGAUGACGUGGGGCUGGCAGCAGGUAGAACCCAGCGAGAGAAAAAACGCUCUUACAAGGAUCUGCUGCGGGAAGAGGAGGAAAUAGCAGCUCAGGUCAGAAAAACCUCAAAGAAAAGGUUGAAGGACAGCGACCUCUUCUUCUUGGGGACAGAAUCUCAUAAGAAGAAGAGGAAGCAUUCCUCUGAUGAGUUCUUCUACGGAGACCUUUCACCUUUGGAGUUGCCAUCAAAGAAGAAGAAAAAAACAGUCUCAAGCCCAACCUCUUCUGACACAGCCAUGGAUCUUCUUAAGGCUAUCACCUCACCUCUUGCCACGGGCUCCAAGCCCUCAAAAAAGACAUCUGAAAAAUCAUCCUUCUCUUCCUUUGCUGCCACUGGCUAUUCAGAGAGCAAGAAGGAGCACCAUAAGAAGAAACUGAGUGGUAGCAGUGGAGAGCUGUCACUGGAUGAUGGCAGCUUCCACAAAUCCAAAAAGAUGAAGCCGCUCUAUGUAAACACAGAGACACUGACCCUGCGUGAGCCUGAUGGCUUGAAGAUGAAGCUCAUCCUUUCACCUAAAGAGAAGGGGGGCAGCACAGUAGACGAGGAGUCAUUCCCAUACUCUUCACCACCAACAGCAGCAAAAAAAUCCUCCAAAAAAUCAGGUCGAGAUGAACAAGGCUCUUUCCUCCUGGGUCAUGAGCUUCAAAGCUUCCUGAAAUCAGCUCGGAAGAAGCACAAGCCACUGCCAGACUCACAUCCACUGCCAGUCCCGGAGGGAUUUGGCCCUGACACCUCUCUGUUCUCAGAAGGUCAUGGGAGUGAAUAUGACCUUUCAAGUAUGGAGCCACCCUUGGAAUCAGGUUCAUCAUCUGGUGGGGAGCUGGAGGCCGGAGAGCUGGUGAUAGAUGACUCCUACCGGGAGAUCAAGAAGAAGAAGAAGUCAAAGAAAAGCAAGAAAAAAAAGGACAAGGAGAAACACAAGGAGAAGAAGCACUCCAAGUCUAAGAAGAGUUCUGGACUCUCUGCCUCUGUAGCAGUAGCAGAAGUUAUGGUGACACCACCGCCACCCCCUCCACCCAGCACUCCAUUUGUCCUUCCUGUGCCUCCCCCCCCACCUCCUGUUUUCCACACAGAUGGACAAAGUGAGAAGAAAAAGAAAAAAGAAGAGAAGGAGAAGGAAAAAGCUGAGAAAGCAGAAAAGGAUAAAGAAAAGCCAAAGAAGAAGAACAUGUCUGCCUACCAAGUGUUCUGUAAGGAAUAUCGAGUGACCAUUGUGGCUGAGCAUCCAGGGAUAGAUUUUGGGGAGUUGAGCAAAAAACUGGCAGAAGUGUGGAAGCAGCUGCCUGAAAAGGAUAAACUGGUUUGGAAGCAGAAAGCUCAAUAUCUGCAGCAUAAGCAGAAUAAAGCAGAGGCCACAACAGUGAAGAGGAAGGCAUCCUCAUCAGAGGGUGCCCCAAAAGUGAAAGCUUCCCCCGCAGGUAUGCUUUCACCUCAUAAGAAGUCCCCCUCCAGCACUAUGGUGUUAUCCUCCUCACCAGCCAAAGCCCCUGAUACAGAUCCCAUUGAUGUAGCUGCACAUCUACAGUUACUGGGUGAAUCUCUGAGCCUCAUUGGACACCGGCUGCAAGAGACAGAGGGGAUGGUGGCUGUAUCAGGAAGUUUGUCAGUACUUCUAGAUUCUAUUAUCUGUGCCCUGGGCCCUUUAGCAUGCCUGACCACACAACUACCUGAGCUGAAUGGCUGCCCUAAGCAAGUUCUGUCAAACACACUAGACAACAUCGCCUACAUCAUGCCUGGACUCUGACAAGAAAGGACCCUGGGAUGUACCUGCUUCCACGUUACUGACUUGUGUACAUAGGCGCUAUAUCGGCACUCUCUAAGGGCUCCGUGUGUAGGGUUUUAAAGUUUUAUAUCUGUAUAGUAUAUACAUAGGAUUGUAACUAUUUUACUUUUAUUAAUUUUAUGAAAAGUUGUGACGUAAGCUGAGCGAAUCCUUUCCUGUUGGUGGGAGAGACCUACUCAAUGUAUUCUCCAGUCAGAAGGUUUUUGCGUGGUUGAGUCAUAAAACUUUUGAUAUAUCAGCCUUAAAUUCAAAGAAGCCUUUUUGGGGAAUUGGCCCGAGCACAGACUAUCUGUUGAUGGACAGGUGCACAGGCUUGUUUGUUUUGGACCAAGCAAUAGUGCUGGACUCAUCACCAGCCCUGUUUCUAACUUCUAUUGAAAUGCACUGCUUUGCGGGAGGACUGGAUGGCUGAUGGAAGAUAAAGGCUUUGACCUCUAGGUCAUUUCUUCCAACCCCCAGGUCAUUGGUGUUACUGUCUGCUGACUGGCUGGUAGCUUGUGUUAAAAUAGUUGUGGAGAUGGUGAAUAAUCUGUUCUCUUCUAGUGGACUUGCACCUACAUCAUCAUCAUCAUCAUCACUAGAUGCCAACCUCAGAAGAGGGCCAAAGAUUGAAUGGACUGAGGAGAAUGAACCACCCUCUUAAUUUCUCCAGAUCAGGGCUGUACCACCCUGGUGGGAAGGAGAGGGCAAUAUGUAGGAGAAACUUGCACUGCCUUUGCCCAUCUGUACCUGUUUUGUGGGUAGAGGACUUUGUUUCUAAGAGCGUUGAUCCCAUCAUCCCUUUCACCAGCAGUAUUGAAAAAGAUUUAUGGAACCCUCCUGGUGCUGCUGAAUUAUCUAGAGACAGUGCUUAUUAGAUUUUAUUUAAUGGUUGUUAAAGAUUGAAGAGGUUCUUGCUGAGCGGAACAUGGGUUGAGUGGACAGAUCCCAGCUGAGCUCCUUCUUCUCCAAAGUGAGCUGCAGGAAAGCAUUUGAUUCUCAUGUAGGUAUGCGUGUGUAUGCGUGGUGUAUUUAACUUUUACCAAUAUCUGUAAUGGAUUUUAAUUUAUCCUGUAUAUUUCUGUAUAUAUAUGUGUGUGUAUAUAUAUAAUUUAAAAACAAAAAAGCCUUCCCUCCACCAAUCGUGUGUGGAAAAUAUGAAUCAGCUGUGCUCACCCCCCACCCUACAGGAAUUAGCUGCUACUGUUGUAGCCUGCAUAGACUUUGCAAAAGGGAAUAGCGACAACAGGGUGGUAAGCCCUUGUGAAGAACAGUGUGUCCAGGGAUGUUGGGUGGAAGCUGAAAUGGAGACCCAUUUAUUCUGGGCCCAGCCUCCCCAUCCCUUAUCAUUUAUAGGUUUUAAAGUAGCAGAAGAAGGGCGCUUCUGUUUUGAAUUCUGGAUUCUCUCUUUUCCAUGGCAGCUGGAAGUGAGCUGUACCUCAGUAUGGCUGAGCUCUAAAUCUGUCAUGAUUAAGCAAAUCCUCAGAUGUGUGGAGGGAAGCUUCCACCCAGUCUCUCUACUGUGUAAUCCCCAGCUGCACAUACAUGGUAAAUGUUGUCUUGCAGGGCUUCCUCUCUUCCCAGUUCAGUUCUGCUUUGUUGGUCAGUCAGUAGGGCUGGGUUGGUGGGUGAAACAGAAGGCUCUUAUAGAGCAUAUAGAAGAUUUGGGCCCAGGCCUCAGACCUAGGUAUACACCUCUCAAAAAUAUGUGGCUAAUCCCAAGCAGCAUUUGAGGGAGGUGGGGGUGGGCAGAGAGAUCACAGUGGGCUUCUGGACCCUCACCAAAGCCUCUAUUCUAAGAAAUGGCAUAAAACACCUGCCUGUGUUUCCAACUGUCCACAAUGGAGAGCACUGUAGUGAAUGAUAUAUACAGGCGAGUCUCAUCUUACGCGAGGGUUCCAUUCCGCUGUUAGCGCGUAAAGUGAAAACUGCAUAUAGUCAAAAUUACAUUGAGUUGAAUGGUGGGUGGAAUCGCCCGCACUACAGAAACAGUAUUUAAAUUGUUAUUUUUCUCUCUUGUUUUUGUCGACUGCGUAAAGCUGAAAUCGCGCAUGUUAAAUGCACGUAAGAUGCGACAGGCCUGUAGUCAGAUCUCUAUCUAAGGAACGGAAGGGGAUCAGUUAGCUAUAGCUUUGCCAUCUGUAUAACGAUAAACUCUUGAAGAGUUUAAAAACCAACCACACACACAAACCCUAAUGUAUUGUAUUUUUAUUUAAAAUUUGUAAACAUUUGUAUAAUCUGUAUCUUGUGGUAUUUGGUACUAGAGGGAAAACUUUGGACUGAGACCUAACAGUUUUUAUAUUUUUGUUAUUUUUCUUGCCAUUUGGUCCAGAUUGCAUUACAGUUGUAUAAAGAAACUUUUUUGUACUGUACUUACAUAUAAUUUUUUUAACAUUU